GAGAGCAGUAUCAUUUCAUCCACUGGAUAAGACUAGAAACAUAUCCUUUAGAGAUUUACCUGCAAAAGAGCAUCACAUUUAAAAACGUACAAUGGACUUCUGCUCUGCAUCACAGCAAGCCAGAAGCCCCAGCUCAUGGAUCACCCUCUUCCUCCUGUACUCAAUUGUCACCAUGUGCAGUAGAGUAGAGGGCUGGUCCUACCAUCACUCCAACAAAACUAUGAACUGGGACACUGCUAGAAAGUGGUGCACGGAGCACUACACUGACAUGGUGGCCAUCCAGAACCGUGGAGAGAUCUCCCACCUUAACAGCAUCCUGCCCAGGCAGACCAACUAUUACUGGAUAGGGAUCCGUAAGGUGGACGACGUGUGGACAUGGGUGGGGACCAAUAAGACCCUGACUAAAGAGGCAGAGAACUGGGCAGACGGAGAACCCAACAACGGGGGGAACAAGGAGGACUGUGUGGAGAUGUACAUCAAGAGAGAGAAGGACACAGGGAAGUGGAACGACGAGACGUGUAUGAAGAAGAAGACGGCUCUGUGCUUCACAGCCUCGUGUCAGAGCGACUCAUGUUACCAUGGAGAGUGUGUGGAGACCAUCAACAGCCACCGCUGUAAAUGCUUUGAGGGCUUCUACGGAGAGCAGUGUGAACACGUUGUUGAAUGUAAGAUGGAGGAGGUCACUGUCCCUGCUAAAGCCAGUGUCAGUUGCUCUCACCCCAAUGGGAAUUUCUCCUUUGACUCGACGUGUCAGUAUUCCUGUGAAGAGGGGUACCGGCUGAGCAGCUCCGGGCCUGUGAGAUGCACAGCCUCAGAAUCAUGGUCAGAACAGCCUCCCACCUGUGAAUUGGUCUUAUGCAGUGAGCUGUAUGAACCUGUGAAGGGUUCCAUGGCCUGCUCCCAUCCCCUGGGCUCCUUCAGCUACCUGUCCACCUGUACCUUUACCUGUGAGGAGGGCUAUGAGAGGCUGGCCUCCAGCUCUGCUACCCUGCAGUGUGGAGCCUCGGGACAGUGGAACGACUCACAGCCGCAGUGUGUUGCUGUAAGCUGCCCUACCCUCCAGCAGCCACAGGAUGGCGCUAUCAGCUGUGGAGAAGACUUCACCUAUGGAAGCAGCUGUAACUUUAGCUGCUCUGAGGGUUAUCUCCUCAAGGGGGCGAUCACGGUGACCUGCACAUCAGCUGCUGAGUGGAGUGAGGAGAUACCACACUGUGAAGUGGUCUUAUGCAGUGAGCUGUAUGAACCUGUGAAGGGUUCCAUGGCCUGCUCCCAUCCCCUGGGCUCCUUCAGCUACCUGUCCACCUGUACCUUUACCUGUGAGGAGGGCUAUGAGAGGCUGGCCUCCAGCUCUGCUACCCUGCAGUGUGGAGCCUCGGGACAGUGGAACGACUCACAGCCGCAGUGUGUUGCUGUAAGCUGCCCUACCCUCCAGCAGCCACAGGAUGGCGCUAUCAGCUGUGGAGAAGACACCUAUGGAAGCAGCUGUAACUUUAGCUGCUCUGAGGGUUAUCUCCUCAAGGGGGCGAUCACGGUGUCCUGCACAUCAGCUGCUGAGUGGAGUGAGGAGAUACCACACUGUGAAGUGGUCUUAUGCAGUGAGCUGUAUGAACCUGGGAAGGGAUCCAUGGCCUGCUCCCAUCCCCUGGGCUCCUUCAGCUACCUGUCCACCUGUACCUUUACCUGUGAGGAGGGCUAUGAGAGGCUGGCCUCCAGCUCUGCUACCCUGCAGUGUGGAGCCUCGGGACAGUGGAACGACUCACAGCCGCAGUGUGUUGCUGUAAGCUGCCCUACCCUCCAGCAGCCACAGGAUGGCGCUAUCAGCUGUGGAGAAGACACCUAUGGAAGCAGCUGUAACUUUAGCUGCUCUGAGGGUUAUCUCCUCAAGGGGGCGAUCACGGUGUCCUGCACAUCAGCUGCUGAGUGGAGUGAGGAGAUACCACACUGUGAAGUGGUCUUAUGCAGUGAGCUGUAUGAACCUGGGAAGGGAUCCAUGGCCUGCUCCCAUCCCCUGGGCUCCUUCAGCUACCUGUCCACCUGUACCUUUACCUGUGAGGAGGGCUAUGAGAGGCUGGCCUCCAGCUCUGCUACCCUGCAGUGUGGAGCCUCGGGACAGUGGAACGACUCACAGCCGCAGUGUGUUGCUGUAAGCUGCCCUACCCUCCAGCAGCCACAGGAUGGCGCUAUCAGCUGUGGAGAAGACUUCACCUAUGGAAGCAGCUGUAACUUUAGCUGCUCUGAGGGUUAUCUCCUCAAGGGGGCGAUCACGGUGACCUGCACAUCAGCUACUGAGUGGAGUGAGGAGAUACCACACUGUGAAGCCACACCUGAGCCUCCAUUGAACCCCACUAUCCUAGGCCUGGCAGCAGGGGGCGCUGUGUCAUUAUCUGGCCUGUCUCUGGCUGCAUGGCUCCUCAAACGAAUCAGACAGAAAGCUAACAAGUUUGAUCUGAACAGCACCUCAGACAUUGAGGAACCUUUACAGACCUACAGGAACAGCAUCGACAGCCUCAUAUAGAGACCAACAACAGUAACAGCAGGAACAACAGCAAGAAUAACUGCAGGAACAACUGCCGGAACAACUGCAGGAACCACUGCAGGAACAGCAUCGACAGCCUCAUAUAGAGACCAACAACAGUAACAGCCGGAACAACAGCAGGAACAACUGCAGGAACAGCAUCGACAGCCUCAUAUAGAGACCAACAACAGUAACAGCAGGAACAACUGCAGGAACAACUGCAGGAACAGGCUGGCUCUGUUUUCAAAGAAGAUCUGCUGGUCACACCUGGAUCACAGUUCCUCAGUAUUGUAAUGUAGUAGGUUAGAUAGCCUUGAAUCGUCUGACUGGGAGAGAGGUGCUACGUUGAGUAUACAGAAUCAUCUGUUCUCAUGAUGGUCCUACAGAAAAUGUCUUUUUUCUCCCUAAGGGAGUUUUGUAUUGAACAAAUUGUUCACCACUGGCUGGUAUAUGACCACAAGUGGCCAAAUUUCUUAUGAUACUGAUUUUGACAGCUAUUUUAUACAAACUACAGAAAGUUGUAUAUUGUAUUCCCCUGUAUAAUUAUUUGUAUUAUCAUAAAUAUAUUGUUAUGAUUUUACAAAACGGUGAAAUCAAUGCCUUUCAGUAUUUAAGUUUUAUUUAUUUUUAAACCACAGUCUGUGUGUUACAGAAUUAAAUUUGAUAUUGAAAAAGUGUCUUU